CCAUCCUCGACAUUGAGCUCUGUAGUUACAACCUUCCAAGGCACAGAAGAUGGCAGACCGAUCAGAGAAAGAGAAGAAGCGUAAGAGGGAAAAGGAUGGAUCCUCCAGACUAAGCAAAAGGGUUGCAAUUGAAGGGGACAAGCAGAUCAAGAUUUCUCUUCUCAAAUCCGACGAAUGGGCCCCCGUCAUAGCUUCGACUCCGGGUCUCACAGUUCCUUCUUCGAUUUCGUUAGAGCCCUUCGUCAAGCAGCGAAGAAAUACCCACCUUCAACGCCUCGGAAAAAGCAGCGAAAUUGCAGCCACAGAGCUUCUCCUGCACUCCUCCGAACACCCGAAGUUAGACUAUACAGCACGCGAAGAAGAAAGCGGCGGCUCAAACACUCUAUUGAAGCACUAUAUUGGAGUCUACGAUCCCGAAUCAGGGAAGAUGGAGGUUAUGGAAGCACGAAAAGUGAUAGUUCGUGGCGUUGUUAGAGCACAUCAAGCUACAACAGAAGACGAAGUAGCAGUGGAAUUCAGAGACCGCAGGAACGACCUUGGACAGACAUUCGGUACGAAGAAAGCAAAGAAGGCCAUUGCAUCAGUCACAGAGAACGCCAUCGAUCAGAGCGAGUUCUCCAGAGACCCUUCCAAGGCAUCUAAACCGGAGAAACUUACCGCUGCGAAUCUCGCUAUGCUCAGUAGCAUUGCAGAGAGUGCUGCAAAUGCACCAACAAAAGAGGAGCAAGCGCAAGCGAUGAACCAUGCCAAACCACGACCGAAAGGCGUUGAAGGAGAAAGGGACCCUCUCAAAAUUUAUACUGUGGAGAAUGUAGUUGGUUUGGAUACUAUGAAGCUGAUCCCUGUCAGGCAAUGGGUGGAGAGUAUCAAAGCAAAGAAGGAAGUUCGAACGAAUUCCAGAUUCGUGGCCCACCGGAUGCUGAAUCAUGGUUCCAAUACCGAAAAGCUUAAGGUCCUUCGAUACAUGCUUCUACUUAUCGAUAUCUACAAUACUUGUAGACCUAGCAGGUUUGGGCGAACAUUACCGAAGCGAGAAGAUUUGAAGAAGAUUCUGGGCGAUAUGCCGGAGGCGGUACUGGAGGGUGUGAAGAGGAAGUUCACGAAUGCUGGAACAAUGCCCAAGCAGAUGGCUGACUCGCUGAUCAUGUACUUGUGUGCAUUGGCUAUGAUAAUCGACAAUACCGAAGUUAAUAUGUGGGAUCUGAAAGAGGAUCUGAAGCUGGAGACGAAGGAGAUGGCACUGUACUUCACAGAGAUCGGAGCGAAGAUAGGGCCUCUGGGUGAGGCUGAGCGGAGGAAAUUGGGCUUGGAGAAGGCUGCUGCUGCCCAACAUAAAGUUGCGAAGCUGAAGGGGCCGCUUUCGUAUCCCAGGGUGUCAGGGGGUCGGCCUCAAAAGAUGCGGUAGUUUGGAUGUGUCUAGGGAUAUUUCAAUUCUGAUGUCUUUAAGCAAAUUGACCAUUUUGAUGACGGUAGAAGGCCGGUCAGUAUCUUGUUCGAUAACGACAUGAAGUGGAUUGAAACUUCUAUGGGCCAGCUUCUGAAGUCUCGCUGUCUUCUUCAUCAAGAUCAAGAAAUUUCGAGGCCGUCACGUGCUUCUCGAGUCCCUCUCGCAAUAGACAGAAACGC